AUGGCUGCCUUGUGUCGUCUCGCAGGAGGCUUUUCCAUCGAUUCGGACAACAACACAUCCUCCAGUGACACGAAGCACACUCGAGGGCCCUCCCCCAAAGAACUUGAUGCCAUCGAACUGCAAGAUCAUGGCAAGCUCGCCCAGAAGACUUCUUCGGACGAGCCAGUCAGUCCUGCAUCCAUCUAUACUCCGGGACGAAAGCACGACCCAUUCAAGACGCCAGAGGUGUCGAAGACUCCGAAUGAGCUCGAGAGCAGCCAGCCUCCAACACCGACCCGCCAGACAGCCGCCUCAGUCGUACCCAGCUGGUCGUACCCAAGAAUGAACAAGUGGCGGAUCUUAUGUGCCUGUCUGAUCUACUUCGGCAAUGGCAUGAGCGACUCGGCGCCUGGAGCUCUCAUCCCAUACAUUGAGACAUGGUACAGCAUUGGCUAUGCGAUCGUGUCACUCAUCUGGAUUGCCAAUGCUGCUGGGUUCAUCACCGCGGCUUUCGUCACGGACCCCAUCUUAAAAAAGUUUGGUCGCGCCAGAACAUUGAUGGGGAGUGAAGCGUUUAUGAUUGCAGCCUACGUUAUCAUCUCUUGCACGCCGCCCUUCCCCGCUGUGGUGGUGGCUUAUCUGAUUAUGGGCUUUGGCAAUGCAAUUAAUCUUGCCUUGAACAAUGUCUUUUGUGCCAACUUGGCAGACUCGACAGUCAUCCUGGGUCUUGCUCACGGCUCUUACGGCGUGGGCGGCAUUGUGGCCCCAUUGAUCGCCACAGCCAUGGUCUCGAACGGCAUACAUUGGUCACGCUUCUUCCUCAUCACCAUCGGUGUCCGAGCUGUUGGCUUGGUCUUUGCUGGCUGGUCGUUCUGGAACUACGAAAAAGAAGGCACAACGCAAUUCGCCAACAGUCUUCAACAGCUCGCUACACGACAGAAUGGCGAAGUUACCAAGAGGCAUCUACUUAGUCGUGCUCUUAAGAACAAGACAACUCUUAUUGGAGCGCUCUUCAUCUUUGCAUAUCAGGGAGCAGAGGUGUCAGAGUCAGGCUGGUUCAUCUCCUACCUCAUCAACUAUCGCAACGGCAACCCAGCUCGUGUAGGAUACGUUACCUCAGGCUUUUGGGCUGGUAUUACUCUCGGUCGCUUCACGCUUACCCACGUCGCCCAUCGCAUUGGCGAGAAGAGAUUCGUCUUCGCCAUGGGCAUUGGUGUCAUCAUUUUCCAGCUAAUGUGCUGGUUCAUUCCCAACAUCAUCGGCGAAGCCGUCAGUGUAGCGAUUCUGGGUCUGCUGCUUGGUCCGGUGUAUCCUUGUGCGGCCACAGUGUUUACGAAGCUUUUACCGGGUAAUAUGCAGACUAUCGCCAUAAGCUUCAUCAGUUCGGCAGGGAGCAGUGGAGGUGCUGUGGUGCCGUUCAUUACUGGUUUGAUUGCACAGGGAGCCGGGACUUUUGUUUUGCAUCCCAUCUGCAUUGGCGCGUAUGUGUUGAUGCUCGGCUGCUGGGUUGUGUUGCCGAAGGUGAAGAAGAGGGCGGAGGAUUGA